AUGGCAUCCAAGUUCGUGGUUAAUGCGGCCUUUGAGGCUCGUCUACUCCUUCGGCCACCUCGACAGCGCGGUAUUUCACCUCGGACCGUCCUCCAACUUGAAUACCCUACGCUACAGACUCUCGGCUCCAGAUCAUACUCAGACUCGACCUCUCUAAAAUCUGCUGGAUCCCCUGAAGGCUCUCAAUCUUCUGGGCCUAAGGAUAAGAAAUGGUUCUCGUCUGAGACCUGGGAUAAGGUCAGGGGCUGGGGUAAAGCUUUGGGCCUAGGCGCAAUUGGUAUUACUUUCACAGGAUAUGUCACCCAGGAGAUGUGGAAAAAUUGGUACGAAGGAUUUCAGAGACGUGCACACGAAUCUACACGCGAAUCUGCAAUCUACGAUCAGCUCAAAAAGGGACCGAUAUUUCGGCGGGCGAUUAAAUACACUAUCCCACGCAAGGGCCUUGUGGAGGAAAUAAAAGAUAUCGUCACACCAACGGAGGAAGAUCGUCUUUACUCCCUUAUUAUCGGAGAGCACGGAACCGGAAAGACAAGCCUGAUCAAGCUCGUCGUGAAUGGUAUGGACGAGCCUAAGGGUGUCGUAUAUGUCCGUAUCCCGAAUCGAUGCAGCUUAGAAGUCGAUGUUGCCAGGGCGAUGCAAAAGUCUUUGGGUUGGGGCCUAGAUCCGUUGAUCGAUCCCAGCGAACCGGCAACUUUAGAAGAAGUUUUGCAGACUUUUUCCCGUCUCACUACCAAGUACAAGCAGGAGUAUGGGAGAGCACCGGUCUUGAUAGUCGACAAUGCGAACCGACUCGCCCAGAAGCUGCCGGAGCUUCUUGACCUAUUCCAGGACUAUGCGAAGGACGCUGCUGAUGAGGGAACAGCUGUCGUUGUGUAUGUGUCAAGUGAAGGCUGGGUACCACGUCGCAUGAUGGGGAGAAGUUCAUGGUCGAGAAGAGGGGAAAUCAUCGAAAUUGGUGAUGUGAGCAAAGAGGAAGCUCUACACUACCUCAGACUCCGGAACAUCGAUGGGGAGCAGGCAGCGCAAAUUUAUCACCUUGUUGGUGGCCGCAUGAUACACCUCAAGUUCAUCGCAGACAAGCUUGAGAGAAACAGCUUAUUUGAAGAUACCCGCCAGAUGAUGCUCAACGACGCCAAAGGACAACUCUUGGAUGCUGAAGUUCUUCCUAAACGUCGUUAUCACAAGGAGGGAGCGGUAAUUAUGCGUGAGCUUUUAAAAAAGGGAUCCAUCUCGUGGGACGCUUUCUAUGAUCUAGUCGACGCCGACGCCGGCGAUAAGUUGUUGGAAGCAAACAUAUUUGCAUUCCACUUGAAUUCUCAAGAAAUCACCUUUCAGUCGACGGUGAUGAAACGGUUUUGCGAGGAAAAUUCGGCUCUCUGGCAAGGAAAUUAA